GUCUCUGUUCUUCCGGGUGUGCUCCGUUCUACCUCUACCAUGGCGGAGGCGGCCCCGGGGUAUGGCGUGUCUCAGGCUCUGUCCGAGCUGUCCGCCUGCCUUGAGCGCUCUAUCGUUAUCCCCCGGACCCCGGCCGGCUAUGCGGAGCUCUUCCAGGCGGUGGUGGUGUGGACAGCACCCGGAGAGGACCCGGUUAGUCAGCAGAAGACACCAGAUAGAGCAAGUGCCGCCGUAAGAGCGAUUAUCAGUGUACUGGAUGCUUUAAGAGCCACUUCACGUGAUAACCGUGCUACGUCUAGUACCGCAGGGGCGGGGUCGGCGCCAUUGCAGGUGCCUGGAGACCUGUUACUGAACAAAGAGGUGCAGCUUCUGAGUGAGGAAAGAAAUGUUCCUGAAUCACCAAUGGAUGUGGCAUCAGAACCCAAUAAAGAAGCAGCCUGUAGUUCCUUUGGGAGUACAUUGGAUUCCUCGGAGGUUGGAUCUGUAGACGUGAGGCGUGUCCUGUCCUGUGUCACCGCUCCGCUCCUCCUGCUGUGUGGGGCGCACCUUCAGGAGAAACCAUGGACAGAUUUACGCUCCCGAACUCUGGCUGAGCAGUUGCUGCGGACAUUACUAAGGAUGUCGGAGUGCGAGUCUGUAGACGACCUUCUGAAGGGGCCCAAUCGUCAGGAGCCAGACUAUGUUAUCUUCAGGGAGGCGUUGGGGCUUCUUGGACCGCGUCUGCGAAAAGACACAUGGGAAUCCCACCCAGAAGCAAAGAUUGUCUUCUCCUGGAUGCUGUAUCGGGUCCCCCGGCCUUGGCUUGCUGACUUCCUUGGUAGAGUUAUGCCACCAUCGCUCCUCUUCUCUGAUGAUUACAAGCCAGAGAACAAGGUGCUAGGGGUACAAUGCCUACAUCACAUCAUCAAGAACGUGCCAGCAGCAGACUUGAGGCAAUACAACCGGGCAAUGGUUGUGUAUCAUGCAUUGCGUAACCACCUAUACACAACAGAGGCCGAGGUUAUAGAGGUGGUCCUGCCCUGCCUGCUGGACUUGUUUCCAGUCCUACACAAACCUUGCCCAGCUGUGGGCUCAUAUCAGAAAGAUGGAGAGAACCCGUCAGACCAGGUGAUGCAGCUGAUCCUCACUCACAUGGAGAUGGAGCAUAAGAUAGCCCUGCGGCGCCUGUAUGCCCGCAACCUGCCCGCCCUCCAAGAAAGGAUGGGUGUAAGGGUAGUCCGCCACAUGAAAAGGCUGCUGCGUGUCAUAGUUGGUUAUCUGGAAGUUUGUGAUGGACCAGAAGAAACGGUCCGGCUGUGUAUCCUGGAUACCUUACAGGGGACUAUUAAGUAUGCAUGGCCUAGGAUCCCACCAAGACUACCACUGCUGAUGAAGGCACUACUAAAACUGAUGUAUGAGGUUUCCGCUGACCCAGGUCAACAUUCUGAGCCAGUUCGAGAAGCUUUACUACACAGUGCCACCGAGUGUCUGAUGCUUCUAGAGUCCUGUUCCAAAGGACAAGUCAAGAUUGCACUGGAAGGAAUUACGACGAUUUGUAAUGAUCAUGACAUGGAGAAGUACAUUAACCGAGUGCUACAGGAUGCACACCAAUAACCAAAAAAACAACUUGGACUAAUAUUCAAUUUUUUUAAAUAUAUUAUUUCUUUAUCCUGCUGUCAGUUUACUUUUUCCCCCAAAUGGAAUUUUGUGGUCUCCAGAAAUGGAUUGCAUUCUGACUUGUUUUCCAGAAUCCUAGAGGUAUGCGCUAGUGACCUGACCAUUUCAUAGGAAUGUUAAGGUAUUCCUAUCACUUGUCACUAUACAUCACAAGCAACACCACCCCCCCCCCCCCCCCCCUU